GCGCUGCGUGUUAUUGUCUUGUGAAAUGGCGAAGGCACAUGCAUGCCCAACUCUCCUCUGAACAAAGAUGAGUGGGAGUUGGCUGCUCAUUCGUGCCAAGAUUCUUGUGAUGCUCCGUGGCCCUUAUGAUGCUAAACUUGCAUCACCAGCUUACUUUCCUGCUCCCCUUGGAUGAAAGGGCCAAGAAAUGAAUAAAGUGGUGUUGCGGCAGGCGACAGAGCUUAGCUUUUACUCUUUGCCUGCGGAGCCACUGUUUUUACGUAGUACUCCACGAAUGAAACGCACCUGUUUUACGCCGUUGGUUUAGAUCAAUAUAACCAUUUGGUUAUGGUUGUACUAUUAUCUUAAAACUGAUCGUUUGCUUCUUUUUACAAACAAUAACUUCUGGUGGCCAUGUAAAAAAAAAACCUAAUGGUCGCAUGAUGUGUUGUUUGCAGUCCCUGACUGCAUUGUCUGCACAAAUUCCGUGUCGAUCAAAAGGACAUACAAGAUCUGCUUCUUGUUGGAUUUCCCAAGGAACUACUUUUCUAGUUUUAGGAUGUCACAGCAAUUCGUAAAAUGUGAAGUGCUAAAAGCUUCUGUAUGGUGAAUUUGUUGUAAAACAUGAUUAGGGGGCUAGAUCCAUGGCCUGCCUUUUGCCUUUUCUUUUUCCCUUUGUUUCCUUCUUGCCCCUCGUCAAUAUUCACUCAUUUUGAUCUGUUGUCCUACUGAAUUGAUUCCCUCGUUUGCUUUCCCACUUUAAGCAUCUUGUCUUUGCUUGAUCAGAGAGUCAUGGAACCUAUCAUAUUGGCCAGUGGAUGAGUUAAUACAUAUACUUCACCUCAUUUCAGCACUGGUAACCUAGGCUCUGGCCACCAUGGCAGGGCUUGGGAUUGGAGCACCAAUCGUGAAGGUGUAUCAUGAGAAAUCUAUAAUCUUACCGGAUGUGUCAAGGGUGCUUGCAUGCCUGUAUGAGAAGGAAAUCGACUUUGAGAGAGAGACAUUCUCCUCUUACAAGAGCCUACUCAGACUUCAGGCAUCGAGCCAUGUUCCAGUUCCAUUCUAUGAUGGACCUAAUAAAUUCCUAGAAGAAUCAAGAGAUAUCUGCCGCCAUAUAGCAGAGACUUAUGAAGAUCAUGGAUACCCAUUUCUCCUUGGGAAGGAUUCCCUUGAGAGGGCUUCCAUCGAGGAAUGGCUCCACCAUGAAGAGCAUAAUUUCAACCCUCCGAGCAGAUCCUUGUUCUGCCACUUGGCCUUUCCCGUUGCUGAAGAAGAUGAUGAUAUAGACUUGCAGAUGAGAAAGCUAGAAGAUGUUCUGGAAGUUUAUGAGCAAAGGCUUGGUGACAGUGAAUUCCUUGCUGGCAACAAGUUCACUCUUGCUGACCUAGUACACCUGCCAAACUCCUACCACAUCACAAAUUCUGAAAAGUUUCUGUACCUAUAUGAUUCAAGAAAGAAUGUGCAGAGGUGGUGGCAUGCUAUUUCUAGCCGGGGUUCUUGGCAGAAGGUGCUGAAGGUUAUGCAUGAGGUGGAGCGGCAGAACAAACAAGAGGAACUUGACAAGCAGCAGCAGCGCAAACAGGAAGAACUUGAGAAGCAGCAGCGGCGUCAGUGGCGGAGACAGCAUCCUCCAACCAGCAGAUCCCCGUUCCGUCUAGACUCCCGGGAGCAACCCAGCACAAAACCUCACACGAUAUUGGUUCGCCCCCCUGCUAGUAUCAUCGCUCCCAAGGCUCCUCAAGCAGAGGAGCCUCAUCCUACUGAAACUUCCCGUGAUGAAACACCAGUCUCCUCAAGCCCAAGUAUCCCUACUACUCAUAAACCUUCAGAUGUCCGAAGCAAACAUACUACCAUUUCUACUACACAUGAAGAAACUCCACCAGCCUCCGUCCAAAGUACUCCCAGAAUUGCUAAAAAGUCUCCUAUUCCUGUCGAAAGAAGAAUCAAUUUUUUUACCCCAGCUACCUCUCCUACCACUACUGAGAAGCCCUCAAGAAUUGGUGUUGAUAAGCCCAGAAUUGGAGACGCCUCACUAACUUCUGAAGCCACCGAAAUAGACCUCCCUACUAAAUCCAAGCCAAGUUCAUCCAAAAAAGCACCUAAUAACCUUCAUGUGUUUGAUUUCUAUGAGGCAAGCAGACAUACUGAUGAAGCAGAACCUUAUACUGGACCCACCUCAUCAAAACCUUCAGAAAUGCUGGACGAGAUAUCUGAAACUGAUGGGCCAAGCAAUGCCAUUGAUCAUGCCGAAACCAGUCCAAGAUCAGCUAAAGAAGAUUCUGACCGACUCAGGGCGUCAGGUUUCUGGACUGAGAACACAGCCCCUAAUGCUGAUACUGAGGAUAAGAAAUCAGUUCGAUACACUGAGCGUACUUCACAAAGACCUGUUGGAAAUAUUUCUAGUAGAGCUACUGACCAGAGAGUUACAUAUACUUCUCCUGAGAAGCCCCAUUCAACUGAAGCUCAUCAGAAACUGCAGUCUGAGCAGUGGCAUGCUGCUGCAGCUGGGUUCCCUGCUGACCGCAGAAAAGAUGCUUCUCUCCCUAAGGGUGCAGGAGAUGACACUCAAGCUAUUCCAUUAUAUGAUGAUGAUGAUACCAACCAGGAAGCCAGAGAAACUGCAUCUGCACCAAGGCGAACAAGAGCUCAAGAUCCAUAUGAUACCCCUGAAGGAACAUCAUCUAGAUCACAACCUAUCAGUGCUCCACAUGAUGCUGUUCCUCCGCCCAAGCGAGCAACAUCUGAAGGCCCUUAUGCACGAAAGGAUGUUGUGGAAGCAAGAAGGUUCCGUGUUGACCGCAGAAAAGAUGUUCCUCUCCCGAAGCGUGUACGAGAUGACACUCAAGCUACUCCAUUAUAUGAUGAUGAUGAUACCAACCAGGAAGCCAGAGAAACUGUGUCUGCACCAAGGCGAACAAGAGCUCAAGAUCCAUAUGAUACCUCUGAAGGAACAUCAUCUAGAUCACAACCUGUCAGUGCUCCACAUGAUGCUGUUCCUCCGCCCAAGCAAGCAACAUCUGAAGGCCCUUAUGCACGAAAGGAUGUUGUGGAAGCAAGAAGGUUCCGUGUUGACCGCAGAAAAGAUGCUCCCCUCCCGAAGCGUGUACAAGAUGACACUCAAGCUAUUCCAUUAUAUGAUGAUGAUGAUGAUGAUACCAGCCAGGAAGCCAGAGAACCUGUAUCUGCACCAAGGCGAGCAAGGGCUCCAGAUCCAUAUUAUACCUCUGAAAGAACAUCAUCUAGAUCACAACCUGUCAAUGCUCCACAUGACGCUGUUCCUCCGCCCAAGCGAGCAACGUCUGAAGGCCCUGCACGAAAGGAUGCUGUGGAAGCAAGAAGGUUCCCUGUUGACCGCAGAAAAAAUGCUCCUCUCCCAAAGCAUGUACGAGAUGACACUCAAGCUAUUCCAUUAUAUGGUGAUGAUCAUGAUACCAACCAGGAAGCCAGAGAAACUGCAUCUGCACCAAGGCGAACAAGGGCUCAAGAUCCAUAUGAUACCUCUGAAGGAAUAGGAACUUACCACUCUUCAUCAUCUAGACCACAUCCUGUCAAUGCUCCACAUGAUGCUGUUCCUCCACCCAAGCAAGCAGCAUCUGAAGGCUCUCGACGUGCAACUGCACCAUACCUAGCUGCUCAAGAGGUUUUCCAGCAGGGUAGGAAGAGUCCUGCAUCAAGGCCAAUAGUGCCUCAUGAUGCCCAAGGCAGCACCGAAGAAGAAGAAACUGUGGAAUCAUCAUCCAAAGCACAUCCAUUGGAUUCUCAUCUGGCUGAUGUUCGUCCACCUAACCAAUUUUUGGAUGAAGAUGGUUAUGGUGCAAGUACACCAUUGCAAACAGGAGAUACAGAUGAUCCAUAUAAUGGGAAGCGAGAUAGAGGCGCUGCUGCUCCAAAGCGGAUGAUGUCUCAAGAUGCCUUUGAAGAAACAAAGAUGACUGAUUCUGCAUCAUUUGAAGCACAAACAUCAGAUCAUCGGCAAGCUGAUGCUCCUCCACAAAAGCAACGGCCAACUGAACAUCCUCUAACUACUGCUUCACCAUCCAAGAAAAGAUAUUCUGAUGAUGAAGAUUCGGCCAAACAAGCUAAGCAUGCUCAUCAGAAACUGCAGUCUGAGCAGUGGCAUGCUGCUACAACUGGUUUGAGUAACCUAAAGGGAGAAACUGAUGAUUUUAUGCCUCCUACUCAACAAGAAAAACCUAGCAAAGAUGUGCAACAUAUCUCAUCACAAGAUACAGAACAAGCAAACACUCGGCCUCUUGCACAAGAACCAGUAGGCAUGGAUGGACAACUGGUGCAAGGACCAGAAAGGACAGCUCAAACAUCCCCAACAAGAUAUCCAAGAGUUGAAGAAACCAGCAAACAACCUAGAGCCCCUGCUUCUAUACCAACACAUAUAGCAGCUCAAGGUGCUAGGGAUGUCUUUAGAGUCUCAAAGGUUGCUGAUUCCACACCAUUGCAAAAGAGAUACCCUGAUGCCAAAGAUGUCGCCAAGAAAUCAAAAGUUACCUUUGAAGAAACAAAAAAUUCUGAUUCUGCACCAUCACGAGGGCAACCUUUGGAUUCUCAGGGAGCUGAUGCUCCAUCAUGGAAGAAAGAAGCUGCUGAUGCUCCAUCACGAGGGCAACCUUUGUAUUCUCAGAGAGCUGAUGCUCCAUCGCGGAAGAAAGAAGCAACUGAAGAUCCUCGUUCAACUGCACCAGUCAAAAAGAGACACUCCGAUGUUGAAGACACCACCAAACAAUCUAGGGAUAAUGGUUUUAAGCCAAGGCAAAUUGUGGGUCAAGAUGCUCAAGGCACCUACAAAGAAACAAAGCCCAGUGAUCCUGUGUCGUAUAGAGAACAAUCUUCAGAUACUUGGCAAGCUGCACCCACUCCAAGAGAGAAAAUAGCAACUGAAGGUGGUCCCAGUGUGACUCCACCAUCUAAAAGAAGGUCUCCAAGUGAUGAAGACACCAUCAAGCAACCUAGGGGCACUGCUCCAGCACCUAGGCGGACAACUUCUCAUGAUGCUAAUGUGAGAUUUCAAGAUUCAAAACCUGCUGAUUCCAUGUCAUCUAGGGAGCAGCCUUUGAGAUCAAGAAAAGAGGUUGAAGAUUCUCGUAGCAAAACUUCAGCAUUUGACAAGACUCAUCCUUAUGUUGAAGAUAGCACUAGGCAAGCUGCAGACACUGAUUUUGGGCCAAGGCAGAUUGGAGAUGAAGACAUCACUGAAGAAAAAAAGGUUGCUGAUUCUGCACCAUCUGUCAGAGCAAGACACACUGACACCCCACGAACUGCACGUCCUCUGUCAAAGCUAGCAGAAGAGGAAGAAGAUGCCCAGGAUAAAUACAGAGAAGGUAGAGAAACUGCACGUCCUCUGUCACAGCAAGCAGAAGAGGAAGAAGAUGUCCAGGAUAAAGACAGAGAAGGUAGAGACACUGUUUCUGCACCAAAGAAAAUGGUGUCCAGAGAUGCUCAUGACACAUAUGGAGAAAGGAGGACUCCCCAUUCUACAUCCACCUCACCCACACCAUCCAAAGCACAACCUGCAGAUUCUCGGAGCCCUAUCAAGGUGGAGAGACCACGUUCUAUUUAUGAGGAGGACCAUCUCGUUGGCCAAGAUAGCCAUAAGCAACCUCAAACCCUCCCAACUGGUGGGAGAGCAGAUGGCUCUACACUAAAGCAUCAACAAGAUCCUGUGGUUCCAUCUAUUUCUGAAGAGAAAUCAAGUACUCCUCCAGCUCCACCAAGGGCAAGAGUUCGUGAUGAUCAUCCUACUGAAGAGCCAUUUAAAGGAGACAUUGUUGAUGACCGAAAAGGAUCACCACCUCUAUUGGGCCAAGAACCAACUUCCCAAGUCCAACGUGCCACAGAACUGUCACAGAAAGCAGCUCCUGAUGGUGAAUUGUCCACCAUUGAUCAAUGGCGGCGCACAUCUGUGCCAUUACAAGGUGAUGAUGUGCUGGGUGGGUCUACCAUUGAUCAAAAGCCAACACCAAUGAGUGAAAAAUCAAUACCCAGUGCUCGGCGUGCCAAUGAGAUGGUCAAAAAAGAGCAAAGAAUGGUACCACCUGCACGAACAGGAGCACAAACGCCCGAUGUUCAGCGUGCUCCGUCAUCAUUCUCAAGAGCUGACACGGCUGAAAGAGAUGGAGAGCCGGUACAAAUGCAAGCACCUACUCAGCAUGCUCGUCCUACUUCAGUGCCUACCAGAAGAGCAACUCCUGAUGCUCGUGACACUAGUGAUCAAGAGGUUGCGAACAAAUCUGAUGCCCAAAGAUGGAAUGCCUUGAAAGCUAAGCAUGAUGUAGCCAUGACCAGUGAAGAUGUUCGGGAUGACAGUCUGUCAACUCAUGAUGCUACUGUUGACAACAAGACAGCAUUGCCUGCUAGUGAAGCACAAGGUUCAGGCCCUUGGCCCGGUUCAACAGCUACCCCCGUAAAUGCUCAACCUACCAGUGACGAUGCACAUGUCAGAAGAUUUCCACGUGAUAAAGGGGCACAACCACCUGAAUCAACUCAAGCACAACCCCCUUUUGAUGCUCCACAUGACUCUGUAUCAACCCAAGAUGUACCUCGUGACACCUUGGGCAAAACCAAAUCUGCCAAACCAAGUUCAACUGAAGGCAUGACACCUACAGCUGGACCAGCGCCAACUUUGAAGGCCCAACUUGCUGAACAUAAAUUUGCUCCAUCAGAUCAAAAAUUAGCUCGUGCUGCACAACCAACUUCAACUGAAGGCAUGCCACCUACAGCUGGACCACAGCCAACUUUCAAGGCCCAACUUGCUGAACAGAAAUUUGCCCCAUCAGAUAAAAAAGUAGCUCGUGCUGCGCCUGAAUCAAGUAAAGAAGGUACUGGUUUUUCUGCACCCGAGAAACCACAGACAAUUUUUCGUCAAGAAGCAAGACCAUCUGCGCCAAUCACAAAACAAGUUCCAUCCUCAGAUGCCCACCAUGAUACCAGGAAAAUCAAGCAUGUCACCCUUGCUAAUUUUCCCCCUGAUGUUUCACCAAUACCACCUUUUCCAAGUCGUGAGCAAGUUCCCCAUGCACCACAAACAUUCCCUAAUAAAAAAGACAUGGCACCUGCACCAGGCACAAAGGACUCUCUAGCCCCAGAUACCCAAAUUGCUUCAGAAAAUGUUCAGGAAGCCAUUCCUGACAAUUAUCGCACUGAUGAGUUAACAGUGCCAUUUGUCUCGAGUGGAAAACAAGGUUCCUAUGCUGGACCCUUUACUGAACCACAGGAAGGACCAUCUCCUGAUGCUCAUGGCGCUGCAGAUGACAAGGACAUAACUAAAUAUCCAUCUGAUAGUUAUGUUCGUCCCACCAGUGGUAGCGAUGUAUUUCCUGCUGUGAAGAAAUCUGCCCCAUCAGGUCAAGAUUCAAUUCAGUCUGCACAACAAUCUUCCUCAGCUGAGACUAGGAAAGAAGAGACUAUCGUUUCUGCAGCUGGACCGACACUGCCCACAACCAUCGGUAAAGACACGCAAGGUUCUCGGCGCCCUAUCAAGGCGGAGAGAACACCUUCUGCUUAUCAGGAGGACCAUUUUGUUGCCCAAGACAGCCAUGAGCAACCUCAAACCCUCCCAACUGGUGGCAGAGCAGAUGAUUCUACACCAAAGCGUCAACAAGAUCCUAAAGAUAAAUCAAGUACUCCUCCAGCUCCACCCAGAGCAAGAGUUCGUGAUGAUCAUCCUACUGAAGAGCCUUUUAACGGAGACACUGUUGAUGAGCAAAAAGGAGCACCACCUCUAUUGGGCCAAGAACCAACUUCCCAAGUCCAACGUGCCACUGAACUAUCACAGGAAGCAGCUCCCGAUGGAGAUAUGUCCAGCAAACCUUCCACCAUUGGUCAAUGGCAGCGCACAUCUGUGCCGCUACAAGGUAUAACUCCCAAUUCUGGUGAUGAUGUGCUGGGUGGGUCUACCAUUGAUCAAAAGCCAACACCAAUGAGUGAACAAUCAAUACCCAGUGCUCGGGGUGCCAGUGAGAUGGUAGAAAAAGAGCAAAGAAUGGCACCACCUGCACGACCAGGAGCACGAACACCCGAUGUUCUGAGUGCUCCAUCAUCAUUCUCAGCAGCUGACAGAGCUGAGAGAGAUGGAGAACCAGUACAAAUGCAAGCACCAACUCUGCAUGAUCAAGGGGCACAACCACCUGAAUCAACUCAAGCACAAUCACCUUUUGAUGCUCCACGUGACUCGGUAUCAACCCAAGAUGUACCUAGUGAUGCCUUGGACAAAACCAAUGUUGCAAAAUCAACUUCAACUGAAGGCAAGGCACCAGCGCCAACUUCGAAGGCCCAGCUUGCUGAAGAGAAAUUUGCUCCGUCAGAUAAAAAAUUAGCUCGUGCUGCACGACCAACUUCAACUGAAGGCAUGACACCUACAGCUGGACCAGCGCCAACUUCGAAGGCCCAACUUCCUGAGCAGAAAUUUGCUCCAUCAGAUAAAAAACCUGAGAAACCACAGACAAUUUUUCGUCAAGAAGCGAGACCAUCUGCGCCAAUCACAAAACAAGUUCCAUCCUCAGAUUCCCAUCAUGCUACUAGGAAAAUCCAGGAACCCACCCUUGAUAAUGUUCCCACUGAUGAUUCAUCAAUACCACCUUUUCCAAGUCAUGAACAAGUUUCCCAUGCACCACAAGCAUUCCCUAGUAAAAAAGACAGGGCACCUGCACCAGGCACAAAGGACUCCCCAGCCUCAAAUACCCAAAUUGCUUCAGCAAAAGUCCAGGAAACUAUGCCUGACAAUUAUCGCACUGAUGAGUUAACAGUGCCAUCUGUCUCAAGUGAAAAACAAGGUUCCUAUGCUGGAUCCUCUACUGAACCACAUGAAGGAUCAUCUCCUGAUGCUUAUGGUGCUGCAGAUGCCAAGGACAUAACUAAAUAUCCAUCUAGGCAAGCACCAGUUUUAGAAUAUAGGCCUGAUUCAACACCAGCUGAUAGUUAUGUUCGUCCCAUCAGUGGUAGCGAAGUAUUUCCUGCUGUAAAGAAAUCUGCCCCAUCAGAUCAAGAUUCAGUUCAGUCUGCAAAACAACCUUCCCCAGCUGAGACCAAGAAAGAAGAGACUAUCGUUGCUGCAGCUGAACCGACAUUGCCAACAAUUGUCGGUAAAGACACAGAAGGUAUGCGAGGCACUCCAACCUUGGAUUACGAUCCCACGGGAGACAAACGUGCUGAUAUUCAGAGUGGUAGAUCUGAUGAAGUAGCCCUUCCAGAACAGAAAUCCGGACCCUCAGAUCGGGAUUCAGCUCGUUCUACGCAAUCAAGAUCCUCUGCUGAGCCUAUGGAUAAAGAGCUUAAUUAUCCAAGUUCUGCAAAACCACUUUCCUCUGCCACACCUGACCAGACAAAGGACUUACAACCUACUAUUGGUCAACAAGUGCCUGCACCAGGAACAUCAGAAUAUCCAUCCUCAGGUACCCACCAUACUUCAGGGAAAUUUCAGGAAGUUGCUCCUGAUGAUCACCAUAUUGUUGAAUCAAUUCCAGGCAAAGGACAAGUUUACCGCACCGAACCUGAUCUUGAGGUAUCUGAAGGCCUAGUCCCUUAUUCACGUAGUGUCAUAGGUGAAAAGACUAUGAGACCUCCAUCUAGCCAAGCACGAAGUUCAGACUCAAAACCUGAUCCCACCCAAAACCGUGGCGAUGAGCCUUCCACAAGAUCUUUACCCAAUCAAGUAGCAAAACAACAUGCAGAAACCCAAUCACCACCGUCUCUCGUGGUUCCAUAUGACUCCGAAUCCACCCAAGAUGUAACUUCUGACACCUUAGGCAAAGCCAAGUCACUAAAACCAUCCUCUAUUGAUCAACAAGCUACAGGCUCAGCAUCAACUCCUGACACUCAUCUUGGUGGUGCAUCAGGGGAAGUAGCUCGCCCAGGACAGAAAUUACCCUUGAAAGAUCAAGAUUCAGCUAACUCUACACAGAAGUCUUCCUACAGUGAGCCACAAAAAGAACAGUCCACUGUUGCUGCACCUAAUCAAUCCAAGGGGUCACAAGCAACUAGUGAAGUAGUAACCCCCGCUGAUCAAAGCAUAGCUCCAUCAGAACCACUUUCUUUUGUUGAAACAAAUAAAGAAUUUACUGUUGCUGAAGCUGAAGAAAGCAAAGUGUCUCGACCAGUCAACGCUCAGCAAGACAUUAAGCAUGUACCGGACAUUUCAGAACCAGUACUUGAUAAUGUUUCGAUGGAAGAACAAUAUCAACAUGCUUCUGAGCCACGUGAAGGACCACCUCCUGAUGUGCAUGGCACCUUCGUCGACAGAAAGACAGCUCCCUCUUCUAGUCAAGCACAACGUCCAGAUGCAAAACAUGAUGUGCUACCAUUGAGUGUUGAUGUUGACAAAAAAACAGUUCCACCUUCUAGUCAAGCACAAAUUCUACCAUCGAGUGUUGAUGUUGGUCCUAGCAGUAAUGAACAGCCAACUACAAGACUUCGACGUGAUCAAGAGGCACAGGCGCAGCUACCUGCAGCAACUAAGCAACCACCACCUUCUGAGGCUCCAGUCUACUCUAAAUCUAACCAAGAUGCCCCUAAGUCCUUCAAACUACCCUCUGCUGAUCAAGAUGUCAUGUCACCUAAAGUGGUGCCAGCAUCAGCACCAGACACUCAAUUUGGUCUAGUAUCUGAUGAAAUAACUCAUGAUGGGCAAAACUCCCCUUUGUCAGCUCAAGAUAUAGCUCGUUCUGCACAAAGGCCUUUCUUUGUUGAGCCAACAAAAGAAGAUGGUAUUGUUGUUGCAUCCGGUCAAACUAACGAGGCACGGCCUAUAAGUGGUCAACGAGGAAUAACUCCUACUCCAGACAAACAAAGAAUUCCUGAUCUGCGUGGUGCUGGUGAUGAAAAGAAGUCACUUCCAUCUAGCCAAGCACAAAACUCAGACAUUAGGCCUGAUUCAGCACCAAUUGGUGGUGAUGUUCAUCGUACUAGUGGCGAUGAACCAGCCACAAGCUCUGUACGUGAUUCACAGGCUCGGCCUCCUGCAGGAACUCAGAAUGUACCUGAUGGUUUCUUGGAAAAUACCAAGUCACCAAGACCACCCUCCACUGAUCAAGAACCUAUGGCUAGUCUAGCACCAGCUCCAGAUGCUCCGCAAGAUCAAGAUUCAAAUCGUUCUUCACAGUUUUCUCCCUCUGUUGUAUCAAGGAAAGAUGUUGCUAAUGCUGAUCAAACCAAUGUAUCACAAGCAGGCCUGCGAGAGCCCCCGAGUUCAGAUGCUAAACUUCCUUCAAAGGAAAUACAAGAAUCUAGCCCCGAUGCUUAUCUCACCAAGUCAGAGAAACCACUUCCUAUGAAAGAUCCAGUUCGGCCUCCACAUGAAGCUUCCUUUGAUUUAUCGAGCGGUGAAAAGCCCCCUAUGAUCAAAGGUGAUCAGGCCAGCACAAUAUCAGAUGUCAGUCCCUCAGCCAGCGAAGAAGUUGGUCAAUCCAAAAAUAGUGCAGUUAAAGGACCAAUCUCUGCAGAGUUAGUAUCAUCAUUCCCUCAGAAGAACCUCGAGAAAACAUCACCUGAAGAAAAAUGGAACCAGCAGCAGCAAACAGACCAGUCCACCACUAGAUCAUCUGAAGAUAACAACAUCGAAGCCAGUGGAACUAGAAACCCUAACACCUCAACAACGUCUAGAGAUAUACAACCUUCACCUCUCAAGGAAAGAAUGCAGGCAGUUGAAGGAUCCAGAAACCAACAACAGUCUGACCAAGCUGUCUUUCAAUCCAUACAGGAUAACAGAACACAAAUUCAAGAAACUAAGGCACGAGACACUGGAUUUGACAAGCCUGAAGUGAUUAGGGCCGAUUCAGCACCAACCAGUGGUGAUGCUCAUCGUACAAGCGGUGAUGGGCCAACCACAAGUUCUUUACGUGAUUCACAGGCACAGCCUUCUGCAGGAACUGAGAAUUUACCUGCUGUUUACUCGGAAAAGGAGUCACCAAGACCACUCUCCACUGAUCAAGAAGUCAUGAAACCUAUGACUAACCCAACACCAGCUCCAGAUUCUCCGCAAGAUCAAUAUUCAAAUCAUGCUUCACAGUUUACUCCCUCUGUUGUAUCAAGGAAAAAUGUUGCUAAUGCUGAUAAAACCAAUAUAUCAGAAGCAGGCCUGCGAGGCCCUGCGAGUUCAGAUGCUACACUUUCUUCAGAGCAAAUACAAGAAUCUAGGCCUGAUGAUUAUCUCACCAAGUCGGAGAAAGAACUUCCCAUGAAAGGUACAGAUCCAGUUCAGCCUUCAGAAGUAGCUGCCUUUGAUUUGCCGAGCGAUGGAAAACCUACUAUGAUCAAAGGUGACCAGGUGAAUACAAUAUCAAGUGUCAGUCUCUCAGCCAGCCAGCCAGUUGGUGAGUCUGAAAGUGCAGUUGAAAGACCACUCUCAGAUGAGUUAGUAUCAUCAUUUCCUGAAAAACACCUUGAAAAAAGAUCACCUGAAGAAAAAUCGAACCAGCAGCAGCAAACUGACCAGUCCAGCACUAGAUUAACUAAAGAUGAUAGCAUAGAAUCCAGUGGAAUCGCAAGCCAAAAUAUCUUGACAACAUCCAGAGAUAUACAACCUUCUCCACUCAAGCAAAACAAUCAGGCAGCUGAAAGAUCCAGAAAACAACAACAGGCUGACCCUGUCUUUCAAUCAACACAGGACAACAAAAGGCAGACUGAAGAAACUGAGGCACAAGACACUGGAUCUGACCAGCAUGAAGAAAUUAAUCCUGAUUCAGCACCAACCAGUGGUGAUGCUAAUCGUACAAGUGGUGAUGGGCCAGCCACAAGUUCUUUACGUAAUUCACAGGCACAGCCUCCUGCAGAAACUCAGAACGCACCUGUUGUUUUCUCGGAAAAGAUCAAGUCACCAAGACCACCCUCCACUGAUCAAGAACUUGUGACACCUCUGACUAGCCCAGCACCAACUCCAGAUACUCCGCAAGAAAAAGAUUCAACUCGGUCUCCUCAGUUGCCUCCUCCUGUUGAAUCAAGGAGAGAUAUUGCUAACACCGGUCAAACCAAUUUAUCACCAGCAGGCUUGAGAGAGACCGCAAGUUCAGAUGCUAUGCCUCCUUCAGAGAAAAUACAAGAAUCUAGCCCUGAUGCUUAUCUCUCUAAGUCAGAGAAACCAAUUCUUCCUUUGACAGGUACGGAUACAGUUCAGCCUCCAGUUGAAGGUUCCUUUGAUUUGUCAAGCGAUGGGAAGCCCACUAUGAUCAAAGGUGACCAGGCCAACACAAAAUCAAAUGUUAGUCUGUCACCCAGCCAAGCAGUUGGUCAAUCUGAAAAUAGUGCAGUUAAAGGAGCACCCUCUGAUGAUUCAGUAUCACCAUUUCCUCAAAAGAACCUCGAAAGGACAUCACCUGAAGAAAAACCGAAGCAGCAGCAGCAAUCCAGCACUAGAUCAUCUAGAGAUGACAGCAUAGAAGCCAGUGAAACCGCAAGCCCAAACAUCUUAGCAUCUGGAGAUAUACAACCAUCACCUCUCAACCAACGGUCACCUAUGAAGGAAAACAUUCAGGCAGCUGAGGGAUUCAGAAACCAACAACAGGCUGACCAAGAUUUUUUUCAACCAAGACAGGACAACCGAAAGCAAAUGGAAGAAACUGAGGCACAAGACACUUCAACUGACUAUCCCGAAAACACAAAUGGAGCAUCUCAAAGAGCUGCUUUGGAACAACAACAGGGAGAAAAUGUCCGGAGGGCUCAGCGGCAGAGCAAUGACACAAACAAUAGCUAUGAACCAACUAAAGAUGCUCCAAAUAUCAUCCAGGCAGACAAUAAACCUGAGAGCAGCUCGAGAACUCCUGAAGAACCCAGGCAACAAGCACAGCCGGAAGGCAAAACUCGAGGUGGCGAAAUCAUGUCGCCAGCCUCUGAAACCGGGCAGCCUGAAGAAAGCGAUCUCCCACCAAGCAAUAAGGGUAUCACUAGUCAAUCUCAGUCAGAAACCUCAGACAAACUGGAAGACCAAACUUCCUCUUCUACCCGGAACAGAGGCACAGACUCCAGCAAAUUGGACGGGGCAACUGACGACACCAAGUCCGCCGACACGGACGAUAAUAAUCCAUCGUCAUGAAUCACGGCGGCAUGGCUCCUCAACCAACACAUGAUGCUGGAGUGCGCCCCUGAAUAAAUAUCAAGGAGAAGUCUGUUUGGGAACUCACUCACCUCUCUGUCUUGUUUUUUCAUGGCUUUGUUUUGUUCAGAUAAUAAGGCCCGUCCUCUUGUCAUCCUCGAAUGGGGCCAUUGUCAUGUAGCAGUAACUUUUUUCCUGCUCUUUCUGUUGAAAACUGGCAGCUUGUUUGCUCGUGAAAGUGACUGUAUUCUGUCUGAUUUUUGUAAUUAUGGGACUGCGACGGGCAGCUUUGUUCUCUGCAAUCAAUCCCAGUGGCAUGCUCAAGAUGGUUCUCUGCAGUUGCUGGUUUUUAAGUAUAUGGAUGUUAAUGUAAGCAAUGAUCCUUGGUCAAACCCAAUUCUCCUCGUA